AUGUUCGAAGUAAUGCAGCAAAAAGUCAAAGCUCGAGCGUACAUGGACAAGAUAGCCCGCGAACAAGAGGAGAGUCCACUGAGUAGCUCGAGAAGUCUCUUUGAGAUGUUUGAGCGCCUCCAGAAGCCUACUACAACAACAACUCCACGACCUCCACUUCUGGAGAGACUACUGCAGCCGUACAUUGAGCCUUGGAGGAAUCAGCUCAAUGAAUUAUCAAAAGAAAUGACUGGUAUUACAAUCAUUCCUACUACUACUACAACUACUACCACUACUACCUCCCCUCCAACAACGACACCCCAAAAUAUAAUCGAGCGAUCCCUUCGAAUGUUCUUCCCCUCUCUUGACAAAGAAAAACAAAAAACGUCUACCAGCCCUUUCCAAAAACUUUUUGAUGCAAACACGUUUGAAAAAUUGUUCUUUCCACGACUGAAGCGAGAAGUGCGUGAGAGAAGGCAAAGUCUGCCUCCUCUCCCACCUCCUACCAUAGAAUUCCUCAACCCUUUGAGAGAAUUGGAAAAACCUAUUCUUGAGUUGGCCAACCCAUUCACUCCAAAUCCACUGAUGUCACUUUUCACCACUAAGCAGCCGUUACCGGUACUGCCUCCAGUGGAGAAGAGCAAAUUGCUCGACAUGCCUCUUCCCAAAAAUCCUUUUCCGGAACCUCAAUUCAAACUACAGGACCCUUUCUAUAACCCACUCUUCCCAGACAGGAAAAGCAAGCUCUUUGACCUUUUAGCAGGUGGUGAAGCGACUCGAAUUCUAGGAUAA